GUCAGAUGUCAAGCGCACAGAGAGCCUCUUACUCACAGGAUCCAGGGAAGCUGCGCGUAAUUUUAGAUCAGCACUCACAGUGUAGCCUGGCGUGCAGGAGGGGAUGAGGGAAGAGGGUUUAGCAUAAGUAACUGCUAUUGUAUUUGAAUGCAACAACUUACUUUAUGUCACUUUCCUGCUGUUAUUUAUAAAGAGAGCCUACUUGUAUGAUACCUGUCACAUAUUGGUGCCGCAUGCGCUGACAAGCCCAUGGAAUACAGUCGUGCCUGACAGUUUGAUGAGAAGUCAGUGGUCCUGGUCCUGUAACUCUACCAGCCCGCACACCCUUCACUGCCCGGAAUUUGUGUUUCAUAGUGGCUGCAAUCGAAACCCGCAGUUGACAGAUAUGGGUGCUAUUUUUGCGUUGAUUCUGGUGACCUGUCUGAGCGGGGUUUGGGGAUGUCAGUUGGCCCACGACUGGAGACCCCAGACUGAGGCGUGCCGUGCGGAGCUCGCGGAGAUCAUCGUGUUCGCCAAGGUGCUUGCGCUGCACAAGGACUCGUACAGUGUGUAUAACUACCUGCCUUGGCAGUAUGACACGGACCUCUUCUUCUCCGCAGAGAUCGAGCUGCAAUGCGACCAGGCGUGGGGCAGCAUGCUGGAGGUCCCCACUGGCUCCCGGUUCAAUGUCACCGGGUUGGGUUACUUCCCCUGUUACUCCUACAGCGUCGUGGAGAACAGCUCUUACUAUUUCUUUCUGAGGAUGGAUGAGAACUACAAUAUCAUCCCCCAUGGGGUUAACUUCCAAGACCCAAUCUUCCCAGACACACCAGAGAACCACCGUAUGUUCGCCAGCCUCUUCCAGUUCUCCAACUGCACGGCCGGAAUCACAGUCCACACCUACACCCCAGAGUGGGAGGCUUUGGAAGACAGCCGGCUGCUGUGCUCGACGGUGCAGAAGGCCCUCUUUGAGGAGGAGGAGCGUGUGAAGACUCUCUCCCAAAAGGUGCGUUCUCUGGAGAAGGCCAACAGCCAUCUGCGGGACAAGGUGAAGAACAUGAAGCGCCUGAUACGCCAGGCCAAACGAGACACCAAGGACCAGAAGACCCUUCCAAUGAAACAGCUGCACAAUCUCGAGACCCCCCACCCACACCAGGACACCACACAGGACCAGAAAAGACCCGCCCUCAAAAAGAUCCUCACCAAGACGCUAAAAAUCUGAGCCCAAACCCGCCCCUACCACCACCACCUGUUGCACUGCAGACAUGGACAGGCUUAAAAGGAUAUAAGAACUGUAUGGAAUGUGACAUCAGGAGAAGGAGAAGUAGGCUAUAGACAGGUAUUAUAUGUAAUAGUGUAUCAUGUCAAAAGCUAUGGAGAUAGAGGAAUUGCAUACCCUUAAUGUGAUGCAGACUAGGCACACCUCUGUUACAAGAAAGUGCAUUCAGCAAAUCAGAAAUGUUUUGUAUGCUGAAAAAUACAACGAUGCAGUAAAACAACGAUGGAGGUUUCUUAUUAUUUUUACCUUCAAUAAUAUAAUACUAUAGAAUAGCCUUCAUAAUUUCUAAAUAUAAAUCAAGUUAUUUCAUACACAUAUACUCUGUAUGGAUCUAUAAGGAAUGCCUACACUACAAUGCAUUUAUUGUCAUUGCAAUCACAUUGUGUCACUCUGUUCUUACCACAGGAAGAGUAGCAGGACAAUUUGAGGAAACCCAGCUAGCAAUGAGGAAUCGGCCCAGAAGCGGCCCUCUUCCGGGGGGCUGAACUGAUCGAAUCAGCUGCCCAGAAUCGGCCCAAGUACAUCGGGCCGUUUCUGUCUACCGGAAUUCAGCUGACUUUGACGGCAUCUUACCAGAAUCCCCCCAGAAGAGGCCUGAUAUGCAAAUGUAAAUAAAUGUAUUAAAAAUUACCCAAUUUCGUAAUUUUAAAUAUUACUAUUAUACAUUUUAUACAUACAAAUUAUACCCAUCCACAAAAAAACACCUGAAAAAAAUACACCUGGUGACCGUGUCAGCGAAGUCGCUACAGCGCGAUGGGACAAGGACAUCCCAGCCGGCCAAACCCUCCCCUAGCUCGGACAACGCUGGGCCAAUUGUGCAGCGCCUCAUGGGUCUCCCGGGCACGGCCGGCACGGGUCUCAAACCAACAUCUGUAGCAAUGCAGUUUGCACUGCAAUGUAGUGUCUUAGACUGCUGUGUCACUCGGGAGGCUCCAUCCACAAAGUUUUUAAUGCUUAUCAAUUGCCUUGCACAAAAUACUAAAAUAUUACACAGGACUCAUUUUUUUAUCACAGAAACAAUGAGAAAAUAUGGCAAAACAAUUAUAAUGAAAUGUUAAUUAUAUAAAGCAGCCAGUGUAAUCAUCUGCCAGAGAGUAGCCCCAAGUAAUACAUUUGGGCCAGAUAACUCUCACCGGAAUCGACCCGAGCCCCAAGUUAUACAUUUGGGCCAGAUAACACACACCGGAAUAGGCCCGAGCUCAAUCCCCGCAUCCUAGCCAUAAUCAAUACUGCCAAAGGCUGCCUAGACUCAGGCCACAUGACGUCAGCCACAUGACUCUCAGCCGAGUGCCUCGACUCUAAGCCGGAAUCGGCCCAGAUCCACUGUGCUAGCUGGGAAACAUUGUCUUGGAUCAAAUGUGAUAUCCGCACACAGGCUGAGACGGCGCUCUUGCUUCAUAACGACUCACUGGUUAUAGAACAGUGAGAACAAAACAGAUGGGGGUUUGCUUCGAUUGUUGACAACAUGUAAGCUGUAUUUAGUCUCCAAAUGUUUAUUGAAAACAUAAAUACAUUUGUACAAUGAGGUAUUCUCUCAAACACAUCGUUAAACUUUUUGGUUAGCAAGCUAGUGAAUUUGAGCCAUUUUGGCAUUGACAUGAAAUCAAUGAAAACACCUCAAAAUAAGAUAUGGUAUCAAGAACAAGAUAAAACUAGCUGAAACCAACCAAGCUACGAAUCGCAAAAUGACAUCUUCUUGUCAUUUUUUUCUAGCUAUCUGAUCAUUCAGAAUCAUAACAAAGCAAGUCCACAUUGAUGCACACUCUUCAUUUCUGUGACGUUGUCAGCCAACCCGUCUAUACAACUGCUUUGUUACAAACAUGUAUGCUGGGGGAUAUGGUAAUCACAAAGUCUCAUCCCACCGGGCCUUCCUGACCCUCUAUCUCAUCCAAACCUUGCUCCCAUAUCCCCCCUUUCCUAGGUCCACUCAUCUCAGUACCAUAGAGUAGAGAACAGUGCUGCCUCUGUGAAGCCUUAUCCUCCUGUGAGGGUAUAAUAUUGAAAAAAUUAAUAACAUUCUGAUAAAUAAGAUGAGGUGUUUGAGCUAUGUUGACAGGUCAAAGUCACGCCCUGUAAUUUUACACACCUCUCACACCCCAAAUAUGCCCAUGCAAAAUACUGUGCCUUCCCCAGAGUGGAGUUCGAUGCCAGUCUCCAUGCCAGGUGAGAUGCUGCCAUGGUAGCUGACACCUUUUGGAGAACUAGUGGGAAAGUCAAGGAAAGACCUACAGGUGUGCUGGCAAAACCAUGCCAAAGACCUCACACUGCUGCCCAGAGGAUGCGAAACCCAAAACAGUCAUACUGGUUAAGAACAUCUGCUAAAUGACUUGAGUGUUACAUGUAAAAGGUUACAUUCUGUCCUUAACAACUGAUGCUGGAUCACCUCCACAGAGUACAGGAAGAUUGAUUUAGUGACAACACAGACGAUAGACAACACAGAUGCUAAACUCUUAAUACUGUAUCUAUGGCUCUGAUAAGCUCUCCCGACCCUUCCCUUCUCUCCCCAGUCCCAAGUAUAACCAUUACACACUAAACAACAAGAUUCUGUUGAAAUCUAGAUGUUUCUCAUUUUGCCAGUUAUAUGGUUAUUAUUAAUCAAUAAUAACUUUAUCCCAAGGGCUUCCAGGUUAAUUUGUUAUUUUUUUUAGAUCCCAUCUUUUUGUGGGUGGUUUUAUAUAUUUCUAUUGAGUGAAACAUGUGUUUUUAUAUUUGAAACAGGGUGCUGAGUACUCAAUAAAUACAACCACUAGCCAAUGAGGUGUGAUGUGGUACAGUAAAAUAUUUUUCUGUGUCAGAACUGAGAGGAGUCCCUGGUCUCCUAUUAUGUGUUGUACUUGGCUUUUAUGUUUGUCCUCUUCAAACAAUACUCAUUUGGUUUCCUUUAACCUUAGUAUAUUCAUGUAUGACAGCAAAUAAUGAAAAAAAUAAACUUUUUUUUUUUACA